UAUUGCCUCCUAGGCUUAACUCCUCCGGAGACUAACAGGACAGCAGGCCGGCUCCCUUGGACCAGGAAGAACUCUUGGGAGCAAGAACACUUUGGUAACGCAAUCCCAGGGUGCGUGGAGAACAGUUGGAGAAGGAGCCCGAGUGCUGAGGCUCAGCACAAGGGUUCGCUGGGGCUGGGCGGCAGCUCAGGCUUUAAGAAGGGGGAGGGGACAGUACAAUCAGGGCUGCCUGCGGAGUUCGGCAAAGGAAAUCUUCAGCUAGCUCGGGAACAAGGAGCGAGGAGAGGAGAGUUCCAGCCCCAGAGCUCACCACAGCCUACACCCUGGGCGGGCAGAAGUGUCACGUUUGCAGUUGCUCUGGAAGGAUCCCGCUGCUCUCUGGGGGCAAGCUGGGCCGCCUGUCUGGGGAGGUAAUGCCUUGGGGGCAUGCUGCUUGCUAGGCAGAAGAACCCAGCCCGGGUCGGACCGCAUUAGUUUGCUUUGCGUGUCACCUGAAGCAAUUGCCGGCCUCCCGCUUCCGGUACAGGCCAGCCGGCUCUACCCGGGAAUCUCAACCGAACAGAACCAUGGGGCAUCCCCCGCUGGAGUUCAGCGACUGCUACCUGGACAGCCCUGAUUUCCGCGAGAGGCUCAAGUGUUAUGAGCUGGAGCUGGAGAGGACCAAUAAAUUCAUUAAGGACGUGAUCAAAGAUGGCAACGCGCUUAUCAGCGCAAUGAGAAAUUAUUCUUCAGCUGUUCAGAAAUUUUCUCAGACACUUCAGUCCUUUCAGUUCGAUUUCAUUGGAGAUACUCUGACUGAUGAUGAAAUUAACAUUGCUGAAUCCUUCAAGGAAUUUGCUGAAUUGCUCAAUGAAGUAGAAAAUGAAAGGAUGAUGAUGGUACACAAUGCUAGUGAUUUGCUGAUUAAACCCCUGGAAAAUUUUCGGAAGGAGCAAAUAGGCUUCACCAAGGAACGGAAAAAGAAAUUUGAAAAGGAUGGUGAAAGAUUUUAUUCUUUGCUGGAUCGGCACUUACAUCUGUCUUCCAAAAAGAAAGAAUCUCAGUUACAAGAGGCAGACCUCCAGGUGGACAAAGAGAGGCAUAAUUUCUUUGAGUCCUCCCUUGAUUAUGUUUAUCAAAUCCAGGAAGUUCAGGAGUCCAAGAAGUUCAAUAUUGUGGAGCCAGUCUUGGCCUUUCUUCAUAGCCUCUUCAUUUCCAACAGCUUGACUGUAGAGCUCACACAGGAUUUUCUCCCAUACAAACAGCAGCUCCAGCUCAGUUUGCAGAAUACAAGAAAUCAUUUCUCCAGUACUCGGGAAGAGAUGGAAGAACUUAAGAAAAGGAUGAAAGAAGCUCCCCAGACAUGCAAACUUCCAGGACAGCCAACCAUCGAAGGCUAUCUCUAUACACAAGAGAAAUGGGCUUUGGGAAUAUCCUGGGUCAAAUAUUACUGCCAGUAUGAGAAAGAGACCAAAACGCUCACCAUGACACCUAUGGAGCAGAAGCCAGGUGCUAAGCAGCAGGGGCCCUUGGACUUAACGCUGAAGUACUGCGUGAGGAGGAAGACAGAGUCUAUCGACAAAAGGUUCUGUUUUGAUAUAGAAACUAAUGAAAGGCCAGGAACCAUAACUUUGCAAGCUCUUUCGGAAGCUAACAGAAGGCUAUGGAUGGAAGCCAUGGAUGGAAAAGAACCUAUCUACCACAGCCCCAUAACAAAACAGGAAGAAAUGGAGCUGAAUGACAUAGGGUUCAAGUUUGUUAGAAAGUGCAUCAAUGUCAUUGAGACAAAAGGGAUCAAGACAGAAGGAUUGUACCGUACUGUGGGCAGCAAUAUCCAGGUUCAGAAGCUGCUGAAUGCCUUUUUUGAUCCUAAAUGUCCAGGAGAUGUUGAUUUUCAUUAUAGUGACUGGGACAUUAAGACAAUUACCAGCUCCUUGAAAUUCUACCUCAGGAAUCUUUCUGAACCUGUCAUGACCUACAGACUUCACAAAGAGCUGGUCUCUGCUGCCAAGUCUGACAACCUGGAUUACCGGCUGGGAGCUAUUCAUUCCUUGGUAUAUAAGCUACCUGAAAAGAACCGAGAGAUGCUGGAACUUAUUAUAAGACACUUGGUCAAUGUAUGUGAGCACAGCAAAGAGAAUCUUAUGACCCCCUCUAACAUGGGGGUGAUCUUUGGGCCCACACUGAUGAGAGCUCAGGAGGACACUGUUGCUGCCAUGAUGAACAUCAAAUUCCAGAACAUCGUGGUGGAAAUCCUAAUUGAGCACUUUGUCAAGAUCUAUUCAGGUCCACCUGAAGAAAGUGCUACACCUCCAGUGCCUCCACCUCGAGUGACAGCAAGAAGGCACAAACCAAUCACAAUUUCAAAGCGCUUGUUGCGAGAAAGAACAGUUUUUUAUACUUCUUCUGUGGAUGAAAGUGAAGAUGAAAUCCAACAUCAAACACCCAAUGGUGUUAUCACCAGCAGUAUAGAACCCCCCAAGCUACCACAAUACCCCAAACUGCCUAUUCAGAGGAGUGGGGAAGCUGACACUGAGAGGCAGUCCCCAAGCAGGCUUGUUUCAGAUGGCAAGUUGGAGUCCUGUCCUGAAGUGGAUGUGGGGAAGCUGGUGUCUAGGCUGCAAGAUGGAGGAACCAAGGCCAUAUCAAAGGCCACCAAUGGACCUGUGCCAGGCUCUGGGCCCACCAAAGCACCCUCUUUCCAAAUAAAGAGACCAGCUCCUCGUCCCCUGACUCACCACAAGGAGGGGUGGCUUCCAGGACCAGGUUCUUUGAAACAGCUUCCCAAAAAACAGGAAGUUCUCAAGGAAGACUUCCUGGAGAUGAGAGUUGAGGCCUCAGGUUUUGAAAUCCUUGGUCUCAGGGGAUCCUCCACAGGUUCUGGAAGGGUCUUCUUCAAACCCUUGUGUGUUGAGUCAUUUUGUGCUGAGGAGAGCAGCUCCUUCCUGGCCUUGCACCUUCAGGCUCUAGGAUGCUAUAAAAUAAGGGGCACAUGUCUUAGACACAGGUUUAUUUCUCCUAUGUAUUCUGUCUUCAUUCCCUCUGAAGAUCUAUGUUGAGCUACUAUAUGACUGUGAAUGGCUGAACACCCUCAAGCCAGACUGCAGAAACCAAGCUAUCUACUGACCUGAAUUGAAGAGGAGCUUAGUUUUCAGCUCUUCUCUGAAUUUCCUGCCUCCUCAGAAGACCAUGGAACUCUGAAAGAUUUUGGACUAAAGACUGAUCUCAGAGGUCUUACCCUAAAGUAGAAGCUACUUGAGUUGGGGGCCAUUGCCCGUUGUAGAAGAGUAGGAAUGUUUGCUAAAUAUUGGAGAAUAUUAACAUGUCUCUUACUAAGGAUAAGGAGGCUGGUACUAGGUUGGAGUUCUGGCACUGCAGUAUAUUACCAAGAACGUGUCUGCUCCUAUUGGGCCAGACAGCAUGAAUGAUGCCAACCACAACCUCUUCAUGUGGACUCAAAAAGUGGCCUUCCUGUUUUUACAUAUAGCCACAUAGGACAAAUCUACAAAGAAUAUUUUGCAUGUUGAAGCCUAGGUUUGUUUGAGUUAUUUUUCCUUUUUUUUUUUUCCUGACAGCUUCAUUUCCAAACAAUUAAGAAAGAUACAAAAGCUGAAAAACAGUUCUUUUAAAAAUGCAGGCUGUAUUUGUCUUGCACGAGUUCCAUUCCUGAGUCAAAUACUGGGAAAAAUUGUUAAGAUGGAUUGAGUCCAGGCAGCUGGCACUGUUGCUUCAUGUUUGCCUUAUGCAGAUAAGCAAGCUCUUUUAUCUCCUCUAAGAAACAACUCCUAUCCCAGUGUCCGUGGAUUCAGAAACUCCACGAAGCUUCUGAAAUGGUAUGCAGAACUCCAUGACAAUGUGCCUUUUCUGGGGAGAUGGUCCAUAGCAUUCUACUGAAUUUCAGAUGGACCUAUGACCCAAUAAAGGUUAAGAACCACAGCACUUGAGAUAAAAGAUUCUAUUUACAACCCAUAAAGUAUAUGAUUGGAAGAGCCUUCCAAAAUUAUUUACUCUAACUGCCUAAUUUACCUUUGGAGAAACUGAAACAAUGCAAGUUAUUAGCCAGGCCUAAACAAGAUCCUAGGUCCCUGGGUUCCCGUGCAAGUUUCUUUCCAUUUUACAACACUUGUCUAAUAAGAGGCUUUAUGAGGUGGCUUUAGUGGUCAUCAUUUUGAGUGUUUGGUUUUUACUCUCUUUACUGAAUCCCACAUAUUUUUCAUCAAGUGGAAAACUUUAAGGCAUAAGCUCCUGGUGUUCCAUUUGCUAUCUCAGUCAUUGGAAAAGUACUAAAACACAGCUGGUUUAUUGAGUAAUCAAAAAUCUGAGUAGACAUCUCUGAGUCUUGUUUGUUGAUGGGAGGCUGCUGGAGAAAGUGUCAUUGCUUGUGUUCCCAUGCAGGUGUCUAGACCAUAGCCUGUCUUUAGAGUCUGUAUAUUUAUAAUGUGAACAAGUGUGACAUAAAGGAUUUUCCUACUUGGACCCUUCUAGAAAGACCCUGACUAUGGAACUGAGAGAGAAGCAUAGACACGGGUGGAAAGAGGGGAGGGAGAGAAGGAAGGAGAGGGAGAUGGAUGAAGGGGAAGAGAGAGAAA